UCUAGUGGCUAGAAAGGCCUGUUUUGGUCUCUAUGAUGCGGGCGGCGUACCUCGUGGGACGCUAUGUGAUUGGGCAGGAGGGGUGUGACGACACGCGUGUCGUCUGACAGUUAGAUUUGAAAAUUGAGGCGGGUAGCAGCGCGCCGCACCCCAGGACAAGGAGGGUUUCUGCCACGGGCCUGCCCUGGGAGAGCGCCGGCUGCGGACGGACGGACGGAGCCAUGGAGGCGGCGUCGGGCCCCGCGCACCUACCCGCGGUCUGUAACCGCAAACUGGCCGAGUUCCUGCGGCAGGUGGACGCCAUCGACAUGGUCUGGCUGCGGGAGAUCCGCGAGGAGGCCGCCAAGAUGUUCGGCAGCAGCUGCAGCGAUGAGCCAGAGCUGAUGCCAAAAACACCGUCACAGAAAAAUCGUCCAAAGAGGCAACUUUCUAGUGUUCAGGAUCAGAACAAAGACCCAAUCAGGAAAAGGUUAUCAAGGAGGAGUAUUAAGCGAGCAUCUGCUAAACGAUGUUCCAGAAGACUGCGAAGCAAAGAGGACCUGGAAAUAAUCAGGGCUGUGAUGGAAGAGGCCUCCCCGCCUCGAAGGGUGACAAGAUCACGGGCUGUGGUUUCUGAUAUGCACUCUAUGGCACUCCCUGAGAAGUCAGCUGUCCGGCCAGUGGAAGGCAGGGUCCCCUUAGUAGAUAUCAGUGUCAAUGAUCGCAAUAGUGCUGAGUUGCAUCUGAAGAGCAGUCUGCCCAAGAUAGGUGCUAUGGUCUCCAAAGUCAUUGUCCUGAGUUCAGAUGAUGACUCUCCCAAGAAAGCUGGGAUGGUAGAACUGCAGCCUAUGUCUGCAGCCUCUGUGCUGUUGAUUCCUGAAACUACUAAGCCAAAGGGGGCAAGAGAAGGCCGGAGUGCAUCUAAAUUAAAAAUAGCAAAUACAGUCACUAGCAAAGCCACUGUAAAUAGGGAGCCUGCCACUGAGGAGAUGGAUGUCUCUGCUCAGGGACCAGAGGGUAACCAAGGGUCAGUAAAGGAACUUUCCCAGGAUUUAAAGGAUGGUACGGGGACCCCUACAGGCUCCAAAUCAAGCCGUCACUCUGUUCGUCGAAGUCUGAUGUGCAGAACCUCCAUAAGCUGCCGGACCUCAUUGGCGGAGAAGUACUCUCUGGCCAGCAAAAGGGAAAGCAUGAUCCGGAAGUCUGUCAGCAGGGCGAGGUCCAAGAGAAUUGCAGCUCGUCAAUCAUCUUUAGCCUCUAACUGCGUGAUCCGUCACAGCUCUGUGGAGAGCCUUACAGAUGAAGAAAAAAACAUCAAAGUCAGGUCUGAGCUGGAAUCUACCAUCCCCUGUAAGGAGGAUCCCCAAGGCCCCAGGAUGUCCCUUCGUUCUAGGAAUGCCAAGACAGCCGUUGGCAACCUUGUCCAGGCAGAGCAGCAGGAGGGGAGCAGUACAGAGAGCCGUUCCGAUAAGAGUGAUGAGGCCCAGGAACAGCCCCAGAGUGUCAGGAGAAAGCCAAGUUACAAGAAAGCCGUGGAUGAGCUGUAUGAUGGGCAGCAAGCAGAGGAAGGCGGGCUCUCCCCUCCAAGAAAAAAGACUCCAUCGCCACUCUGUCCAGCCAGCAAAGUUGUGCGUCCAUUUAAGACCUUUUUACAUACUGUGCAGAAGAACCAGCUGCUGAUGACCCCAUGUUCGGUGGGGCGAAGUAAUAUAAAGAAAUCCUUCAUCAAACACAACACUCCACUCCGAACCGAUCCCAAGGGUGAAUUUGUCGAGAAGGAGCGGCAGCGGCUGGAGAGCCUGAGGAGGAAACAGGAGGCUGAGCAACAGCGAAAACAAAAGCUGGAGGAGGAAAAGAGACAGCGCCUGGAGGAGAUGAAACUGAAACGGGAAGUGCGUCUGCGCAAGGUGCUGCAGGCUCGGGAGCGGGUGGAGCAGAUGGAAGAGGAGAAGAAAAGGCGGAUUGAGCAGAAACUUGCUCAAUUUGAUGAGAAGAGUGAGAAGGUGCGGGAGGAGAGGCUGGCAGAGGAAAAGGUAAAGAAGAAGGUAGCUGCCAAGAAGAUGGGAGAUGUUGAGGCCCGGCGUAGACAAGAGGAGGAGGCCAGAAAACAGAAAGCGCUGCAGCUGGAGGAGGAGGAGCACCGACACAAGGAGCGAAUGCAGAAGAAGAGAGAAGAGGAAGAGCAAGAGCGAGCGAGGAAAAUUGCAGAGCAGAGACAGGCGGAACAAGAGAGGGAGAAGCAGCUGGCAGCAGAGAGAGAACUUGGGAAGAAGAAGGAACAGGAGAGGAUUCAGGCGGAGAGAGAACGUGAGCGGCAAGAGAAGGAGAAGGUGGCUCGCCUACAGAGGGAGCUGAUGGCAGCUAGAGAGAAGGAGCGGCUCCAAAAGGAGAUGGAAGAAAACGAGAAGAAACGGCAAGAGGAGCAGCGUCUAGCAGAGCUGGAACAGCAGGAGCAAGAGAAGAAAGCCGCAGCUGCUACCAGUAACCAUCUGAAUGUAACCAUGGACGUAACCGUGGAGAAUUCCCCUGUCUGUAACUCCUAUCAAAUGACCCCGCAGGGCCCAAAAGGGCCUAAGCCCCCCACCAUCAAUCCAAAUAAUUAUGGGAUGGAUCUGAACAGCGACGACUCUACGGACGAUGAGAGCCAGCCCCGCAAGCCCAUCCCUGCCUGGGCCAAUGGGACUCAGCUUAGUCAAGCUGUCAUCCACCAGUACUAUAACCCUCCUGAUGUCGCCACGCUCUUUGGGGCCAUCAUAAGCCCUAAGCUGGAGAACAUUUUCUACAAGAACAAGCCGCGAUACUUUAAGCGCACCAGCUCUGCUGUCUGGAAUUCCCCACCUUUUCCAGGUGCCAAAGCUGUGUUAGGCCUGCCCUACAGCCUGAAAAAAUACUGAGGAUGGAGGAAUGUGCCUCCUAUGGAGUAGUGGGGUUUUAGUCUUUGUCUAUGGAAGAAAAAGGAUUUUAUAAUAUUCAAUCUCUGUAAAUCUCUUAAUGUUUGUAGAUGAAUAAAGGUCAGAUUUACUGGGGCUUUU